AUGGAAGAACCUUCGGUAAUAUAUCGUAGGAUUUAUUAUAGGUUAAAGGAACCAAAUCCAUUAUUUACCAAAUGGGUUGAAGAAUUGAAAAAUGAAGCGGAGAAAAAAAAUAGUAAAAGCAAAUUCAUUCUUGCAGAGGCUUUAGACUCCUUGAAAAAAUUUCCUCUGCCAUUAGAAUCUGGAAGAGAUUGCAUAAUUUUAAGAGGUUUUGGUAAAACUUUAUGUUCUAUGCUAGAUGAUAAGCUUGAAGAAUAUAAAAGAACUAAUAAUUCACCUAGUAGCCUUAACUCCAACAACUCUUUUAGUCUUAAUAAAGAUUUGUCCAAGAAAACCAAAUUUGCAAGCAACAAAAAUAUUAGUUUUAAUUAUGUUGAAAAUGAUAAAGUAUAUGAGGCUGAAAUAUGUAACGAUAUAUCAGAUGAUAAAAUACAAAAUCUUCUGGAUUCAAAUAAUAUACCACACACUAGCACUCAGAAUAGAAAUAUAGAUACAUUAAAGAAUUAUGAAAUACGUGAUAACAUAUCUUCUCCUAAAAACGUACACGAUUUAUUAAACAAAUAUAAAAACUUGGAUGAUUUACUAGAUCCUAAAAAUGCAAAAGGUACAGUUAAUAGCAAUAAAACAAAUAAAAAACCUAAAGGUACUAAAAUUUCUCCUACUUUAUCUACUGAUGUAGGUAAUAAAAAUAUUGAUAAUCCUUCAAGUCUAAUUUCGCCUAGAAAAGCUUUAAAGACUAUCAAACAAUAUGAUAAAAGGAAAAAAUUAAGUAUAGAGCAUAAAUUCCAUCGAAUAAGUACUUCUUCUGACUCUGAAAUAUCAGAUGGUGAUUCAGGAGGAUAUAUAAAAAGAAUUGACUCGCCAUCAAAAAUAUCUCAAAAAAAUAUUUCACAAGAAAAAAGACUGGUAGAUAAAAAUAUUUUUCCUGAAGAAAAUGAUGAAGUUCAUGAAAUUGCUAUAUCUUCUGAUUCUGAUGAUAAUUAUAAUUUAAAUUCAUCUCCUGGUUUAUCUCAAGGAACUAAAGCAAAAUUUGCAAAAAUAUCUAAACAACUUGAUGUGAGUAUUGAUAAUAGUAACAAAAAAUUGAAUGCAUCUCAAAUUUCUCAAAACAGUUCUUUUAAGGAGAACCCUGAAUUGCAUGAAUUAUAUUCAGAUGAUUUAGGAAAUCAUAGGGUUUAUAAUAUUGAUACCUCUUCUGAUUCUGAUGAUAUUUACUCUCGUUCACAUAAGAAGCCCAUUGAAUUCAAUGAAAAUAGUUCUGUUUGCUCUAAUCAAAAUAUUGAUGAUCUAGAAUGUCCACGACUACCUGAAACUUCUCCAAAGUUUUCAAACAAUGAUGAUGCUUAUAGUAUCGAAAAUUUUCCUAAUUCUAAUGAUAUUUUGAAUAAAUAUAAAACUGGUUCUCAGGUGUGUAAUAUGAAAAGAAAAUCUCCCAAUACAAGAGCUGCUUCAAAGAUAUCUAAAAUCAUGAUCAUGACGAAAAAACGAUCUAAAAUUGUUAAAAAUGCUAAUGACAUAUUAAGUGCUAAGGUGACUGAAUAUGAAGAUACAUCAGCAAAUAAACAAAGUGCUGACACAUCUCCUGAACCUAGCGAAGUUGAUUUUAUUUGUAAUACAAACUCUAAUCAAAUAAUUAAUAAUGAUAAUAAUAUUUCUGAAGAAAAGGGCAAUCAAAACAAGCUUAGUAAUAAUAUCAAUUCUAUACUUGAUGCAAUUGAUAAUAACAAAAAACCUGAAGCACAAAAAAGGGGUAAUUCAAAAACUAGUAAAUUAUAUUCACCUGCCUAUCGUUCAGGCCCUUACGCUUUGUUAAUUGCUUUAAUAAAGUUACACCAUGAAAAUAAGUUUUCUGUGAGCAAAGAUGAAUUACAAACUAAAGCUCAGCCUUAUUGUGAUAAAGUUUUUGUUCCUACUGAUAAAUCGAUACGAUAUACUGCAUGGUCUUCAAUGUCAACAUUAAUCACAAAAAAUUUAGUACAAAAAACAGGCAGGCCUGCAAAAUUUAGUAUAACAGAAGACGGAAUUUCAGUAGCAGAAGAGUUAUUGAAAAAGUAUGUUGAGACAAAUCAAGAAGGUGAUUUUGAAGAUAAUAUUGGUCAGCAAGUUUCUACUAGUCAAAAGGAAACACUAUCACAAAAGAAUAAAAGAAAUGCUCCUAAAACAACAGAAAUUGAAGCAGUAAUUUUUCCACCAAAUUCCUUUGAAAUUAUUUUGUUAGUUGACACGCAAGAAACAUCAGGGAUGGCAAAAAGAGCUUAUGAUGAAACGAUACAAGUGCUGACAGAAAUAAAAGUUCAAUAUGAAAUACGGCGCUUAAAUGUUGGAGAUUUUGCAUGGAUUUGCCGAGACGAUUCAAAGAGAGAAUUAUUGCUUCCAUAUAUAGUUGAAAGAAAAAGAAUGGAUGAUUUUGGGAGCAGUAUUAGAGAUGGAAGAUUUAAAGAACAAAAAUUUCGAUUGAAACAAUGUGGAAUUCAAAAUCUAUUGUAUUUAAUAGAAAGCUAUGGGCGUAAUGAGCAUACAGGUCUUCCAAUUGCAUCUUUAUUUCAAGCAGCAUGCAAUACUUCUAUUCAAGAUGAUUUUAUAUUAAAAUUUACUAACACACAUCGAGAUUCUAUGAUGUAUUUAGCAGUAUUAACUCGCAUGUUAAUGGAAAAUAUAUCUAAUAAAACUCUUGUUAGCUGUCCUAAAGAAAACUUAAAGAAGUUUGAUUUUAAUGACACUAUAAUAGCUUUGAUGGAUUUUACUGAAUUUCAAAAUUCAUCAAAAAAGACAAGAAAAUAUACUGUACAAAAUAUGUUUGUUAAACACUUAAUGCGAAUCAAGGGAAUUUCUAUGGAUAAAGCAUUAGCUAUAGUUGCAAAACAUCCAACACCACAGGAUCUCUAUGAAGCUUUUAAUGCAUCUUCGAGUACUAUAAAUAAAGAUUUGCUCACAAAUAUACAAUGUGGACCAUUAAAUAGAAAAAUCGGACCAGCAAUGAGUGAGACCUUAUACCAUUUAUUUACUUUAGAAAAGUACUCUUAG